UUUUAAGUUGACAGUACAUGAAUGACCGUUAUUUAUUACCUAAGGCCAUAAACAUUGCUAUAUAAAUGCAACGACUUAGCAAUCAGGCACAUAAUCCAACCAACUUCCAAGAUGAAACUGGCUCUCAUUCUUUUCGCUCUGUUGGGCUUGGUGCUGGGAGCCUUCGGGCAGCUGUGCGGCUGUCAGCCGGACCCCAUGGGACCGCUCUGCGCCAGCGACGGCAACACCUACAGCAGCGUGUGCGAAAUGAACUGCAAGACCAAGUACAGGGGCGUUUACAAGGUCCGCGAUGGAGCCUGCCUGUGAGACCAAACAGUGCCGACAUAAUGAUUAAUUCUGAAAUUUGAUGAUUUCUAGUUUUGAAGUUGUUACCUUCUGAAACUUUUUCUUAUCUCUCUUUGUUUUUGAUUUUUUUUAUUCUUUUUGGCCAGUAAAAUGUUUGUCAUUCAUCUUUG